UGUCACUUUUCAUUUGUAAUUUGAAUGAUAUCAUAGUGAUAUUAUAUAGAUAGUGAUAUUAAAACCAGAUUAUCCAUAUAAAUAAUUAAAAUCAUGGAUAAUAAAGAAACAUGGAACGGUACUGAUUCCGGCGAGGAGAUCGUUAUUUCUGGUAUUGCUGGUAGAUUUCCAAAUUCAGAUAAUAUGCAUGAGUUACGAGAAAAUCUAUUUAACAAAGUGGAUCUUAUUAGAGAAGACCAUGGUCGAUGGAAAAAUGUUUAAAUGUUGAGUGUGUUUUGCGUGUUUGUGCGAAUGUGCAUGACGGCCACGAAACUUACGAACAGACCUUCCUUUUUGUACGGCCCGGCGGCCUACCGUUCGUCAGUCUCUUACCAGAUGUCGUGUGCGAAACGUUUGUAUCAAAAAUAAAGCAGUUCUUUUAUACUCAA